UCGAGAUCUUCAAAUCUCUACGAUGACCUCCUCACGCGCUCUGAUCGCCCUGCUGCUGGUCCUGUUCUCACCCCAGGUCCUGCUGGCCUUUCGCAUCGUCAACGGAACCCAGGUUGACAUCCGCAACCGGCCGUACCAGGUGUCCGUGCAAACCUACCCGGGAACGGCGGACGCCGAGUUUUACGGCGGCGGAUCGAUCAUCGGCCCGAACUGGGUCCUCACGGCGGCGCAUCUCUUUCGAGGAUUCGUCCGGCUGUCCUGGAUUGGGGUUCGCGUCGGAUCUUCGUACGAUUACCAGGGUGGAACGGUAAUCGACGUAGCCGGAAUGACAAUCCACCCGCGGUACAACCGUCGCAACAAGGACUUUGACUUUGCGCUGCUCCGUUUGACCCGACCCUACACCGUUGAUCCGAUUGCGCGGCCCAUCACGAUGUUGGCCACGGGAGCGGCAGACGUGGCUGACGGGACGGUGUGCACCGUUAGCGGGUGGGGUGACACGUUGGGAACUGCUGAUUGGGACCACCUGCGGGUGUUGGACGUUCCGAUUGUGAACCACGACUUGUGUCGGGAAAAUUACGCCGAAUCGCGGUUGACCAUUACGAAGAACAUGCUUUGCGCCGGGUACGACGAAGGACUUCGGGACGCCUGCACGGGAGACUCCGGUGGACCACUCGUCUGCAAUGGCCUGCUGGUGGGAGUCGUCUCGUGGGGAAAAGGUUGCGCCCAACCGGAUUAUUACGGAGUGUACGCAGAUGUGGAAAAAGCUCGUGAUUGGAUCAAGAACAAGACCGGAAUUUGAUUAGUUGGUAAAUUUUAAUCGUAAUAUUCAAUUGUAAUAAACAUGCUACGCAAACUAAA